AUGGCAGCCACAACGGCAGAAAAAAUCGCCUUCCACGCCGCGAACGUCGCGCGCACGGCGCCGCGGCUCGAGGCGCUGUGCGGCCGGAGCGAGGACGCCGCGCGGCGCGCGGGGGCCCUCGCCGAGCGGAUCCGGCGCGCGGACGACCGGCGGGCGCGGCUCGCGCAAGCCAUCCAGGCGGCGACCGACGUGCUCUCGCUGCGGGACUGCGCGGCCGGCGUCGACGCGGCGGUGGCGACGGACGACCUCGAGACCGCGGCGGCGCACGUCGCCAAGUUUCGGUUGAUCGAGGGCGCGGCGCGGGCGGGCGGCCCCGCGCUCGAGGGCGAGCUCGAGGCCAUGCGGCGCUGCACGGCGCGCGUCGAGGGCGUCGUGCGCGACCGGUUCCGGGAGGCCUGCGUCGCGCGCGACGGGGACGCCGUGCGGCGGUGGCUGCCGCUGCUCAAGGAGUUGAAUUUGGCGGACGAGGCCGCGACCGAGGCGUUCCUGGACCACUUCCGCGAGGACCUGCGCCAGGCCGUGUCCAAGGUGCUCCAGGACGCGGAGAGCCCGCCGCUCGUGACGCUGCGGACGGCGAUCAACGCCGUCGCGGGCGUCGUGUCGUCGACGCUGGCCCAGGCCCACGGCGCGCUCGAGGCGCACCGCGGCGGGCCGCGGGCGCUGCUCCUCGCCCACGACGCCUGCGAGACGGCGUCGCUGACGUGCGUGGCGCGCUUCGCCGCGGACUCGAGGAUCGCGUCGUGCGCGGCGGAGGCGCUCCGGGACGACCGGUGGCCGACCGAGGGCCCGGCGGCCAUGGCGCUGGACGCGCUGGACGGGCUGCUGGAGGACGCGGCGACGGCGCUGCGGCACCUGGAGACGUGGCGGCGCUUCGCGGCGCACCAGGCCCGGAGCGUGCUGCGCGAGGACGUCUUCGGGGCGGAGACGCGCCUGAACGCCGCGGCGGCGGAGCUCGGCGAGUGGUACGCGGUGCUCGAGUGCCGCCUCUGCCUCGCGGCGCUCCGCGCGGCCGAGACGUUGGACACGUCGGCGGACGUCGUCGCGUCGCUGGUGCGCGACGACGUCGACGUCUUCGGGGACGCGGCGGCGGCGGCGACGGUCGCGCACGGCUCGUCGGCCGACGACGCCUUCUGGGCCGCGCGCCGGUCCGCGGCGCGGGCGCUCUCGUCGGGCCACGCGGCCGCGGCGGACAACGUCGUGGCCUUUGUGUGCGACCGCCUGGCGCGCGAGACGCUGCACGGCCUCGCGACGCGGUGCUUCGACGGGCUCGCGGGCGCGGGCGCGCUCAUCAAGGCCCACGAGGGCUUCGGGGGCGCGCUGGCGGGCGGGACGGCCGACGAGACUCUGAAAGCGGUGGGCGCGGGGCUCCAGCAGCACGGCGAGGCCCUCGCGGCGGGCACGGCCCAGGUGCUCGCGAACAUCUCCGAGGCGACGGGCCUGGAACUGGAGGAGGGCGUCGUCGACCCGGGCCUCGCGCGGCGCGCGGCCGCGGAGCGCGACCGGACGCUGCGGACGAAGCUGGUCGAGGCGCAGGUCGCGCUCAACGGGCUGGACGCGGCCUGCGAGGCGCACCUCGGGCGGCUGCGGCUGCACCUCGAAGACGAGGUCGGCGCGUCGUACGGCUCCGACCGCGGCGACCCGGCCGUGGCGAAACUACUGGAGGCCGUGGCGGCGCUGGGGCGCCGCGGCUCGGCGGGAGAGGCGUUCGGCGACGCGCUCGAGAAGGCUCGGGCGGCGCUGGCGUCGACGGCGCUCGCCCAGCCCAUCGCGCGGUCGAUCGCGGGCCGCGGCGACGUCGGCGCGCGCGCACGCUUCGCGCUCGGCGACACCGACGCGGUCGCGCCGCACCGCUGGGCCUGCGCCGAGGCGCUCUACGAGGCCUUGGGCCGCGUCGACGACUUUGGCGCCGCGGCGCGCCGCGCCGCGGACGCGUGCGCGCCACGAGCGACGGCGCAUCUCGCGCCUCGAAAUCUCGUGGACGCGGCGCGCCGGACCGCGGCGGCCGCCGGCGACGCACUGUUGGAGGAGCUGCGGGACCGGGCCCGCGUCAAGAAGGCGACGCCGCUCGGGGCGCUGCAGCUCGACCGGGACGUGCGCGCCCUGCGGGCGGCGCUGGCCGCGGGCCUCGGGGGCGGCGUCGAGGUCGCGGCCGCCGUGCGCGAGGGCCUCGGCCUCGCGCAGCACGUCGCCACUCUGCUCGGCCUCGACGACCGCGGCGAGGCGUCCGACGUCGUGUCGCGCUACGUGGCGCCCGACGAAUUGCCCGAGGUGCUGGCUCUACGGCGGUGGCCGGGCGAGCCCGAGGAGGUCGCGCCGCCGCCGCCGCCCCCGGAGGAAGACGCGGAGCUGGCCCUAAUGAUGCCUUAGGAUGUGCUUCCAGGUGACCCC